UGAAUUAUAAAAUGCCGAAAAUAUUCUCAGCACGGUCACGAAAUGUGGCUGAUAUGUCUGUUCUCAAGCAUGCAGGCACUCAGAUGAUUCAGAAUCGGACAGAUUGGCAAUCUGCUAAUUUGGUUGGACAGUCUUCAUAUGGUCAUAGUCAGACCCCACAUACAGAGAGGUAUGGAGUGACUCCAUUUUUAACUAAAUCAGAGGAGGUGAAAAAUUCUCUAAUGGAUAUAAACGUAAAUCUUCAAAAUAAAGGAACUCACACUACAGGAGCAGCUCCUCAUUUCUUCAACCAAGUGAAAGAUGCUGAGGAAUACGUUGCUUCUCUCAACCAUAAGCCUGCAACGAUGAUGGAUAGAGAUUUUCCUUAUUUAAAGCAAUUUGCAGGAAGAGACAUACAAUAUGAUGUUGACUUCUUUAUCAGACAAGCCAACAACUUUGAUGUAAACUAUAAAUAAGACUUGGAAUUUGUUAGAGAAAAUGAAAUAUAAAUUAGAGAAUUCACCUGGAGUUAUUUUUGCUAGUCUUGAAGUUCAAGAUUCAGCUAAAGGGCCUAUCUAUAACCUUCAAUGGGAGGAUGAAGAAAUGUAUCAGGCAAGUAAGACAGUCUUAUCAUAUGAAAAAGAGCUCUCUACCUUGAUUAAGAGAAUGCCAGAGCCUACACUAUUGUUUCAGGUGAGGCAUCCUCAAUUUCAAGAAUUGGUUCAAUUCAGAAUAGACGUAGAGAAUACAAUAUUUAAGCUAGCUUCUCAAACAAGAGGUGCCGCUCCUUACUCAAAAGGAAUCACAGGAUCUCUCACUUGUGACUGUAAGCAAUGCAUCAGGAGAAACGAGGAUGAAGGAAAUAUGAACAAAUAUAUUUGUAGGAAUGACUGUGUGUUCUGAGAAGAUAACCAUCGGAUGAACCCUACACCAAAUGGUGCUCCAGAUACUUCACAUAAAUAUAUUGGAACAUCUCAAACUGUGAAUGCAGAUUUAGCUCCGCCACGGUAUCACCCAAGAAUAGGAUUUGUAGUUGAAUUUGACUACAUUCUUCAUAUGCCAGGCCAUUUUGACAAUGUCAGAGUUGUAUAUGGAAUAUACCGUAAUGGGCUCGUUGUUGAUCCUCCCAGAGCAGUCGAUUGGAGAGAUAUAAAAAUCAAAGCAUUUGAAAGAGAUCGGUAUGGUUAUGCAGUUUUCAAUGUCAAGCAUCUCAUAAAAGAUAUCAUUGCAUACUCUGGGACUUGCAUUAUUUUUGAAAUUCAGGUGAACCUACAUAAGAAAGCUAGUGGGAAAACAGGGCCAUCUAAUUAUCAAUCACACACCUCUGAACAGCCCACUGUUGGGUAUGAUCUCUUCAGAUUCUGGGGUGAAGAAGAAAAAGAUGACACAGAUGUUGUAUUCUAUGAGGAGUCUCAGCAACAAAAUAAAUUUGUUGCUUAUGCAUGGACAAUGGCAGAGCUUUUCUGUAAUGAUGAUGAGCUCAAAGAUGGAAUCUGGAAGCUGCCUAUAUACAAACCUACUACAAACUUAGAAGCGACUCCUUAUGAUUUUUCAUUAGGAGUUAUCAGGUUUCAUGAUCCUGACCUUUAUAUCAGAAUUGCCUACCCUGAUGAUCAAUCCGAUAUAGAAUGUUCUCCAUAUUUCGCGAAUUUGUACACAGUGCCAAGGCUUCAUCAAUUCACUUGUAGGGAAGCCUAUAUGGAUCCUGAAGAAACAGAGCCAGACAUGUUUGAUCCUGAUUCAAAGGUCGAAGGUAUGGCUAUUGCUCUGCACUAUAUUGAAGGUCUCAUUCCUUCAACCCUCAUUAGAAUCGCUCUGACAGUCCAACUUGGUAAAUGGAUUGUUAAAGACGAUGGUGGAAGACUUUGUUUCUGGGCUGGAAAAGGACACAAGCACUUCCUAAUCCAAGAAAUGGAGGAAGAACAAAGAAGAGAGCAACUCCAGAGAGAAGAAGAACAACAGCUAGACCCAAUACAUGGCACAGGUGAUAGCGAUGAUGACUCUGAAGAAGAAAAGACAGAUCAAGAAGGAGAAGAAAAAGAAGAAAAAGAAAAAGAAGAAGAGAAAAAUUAGGAGAAAGAAGAAGGAAAAGAAGCCAAGUCCGGAAGAAAUAGCUAAAAGGCAACAAAGAGAAAUGGAUAGGCAGCUCUAUGGAGAAGAUACUAUGUUCUUAGAUGAGAAGCAAACUUGGUAUCAAGACUUUUACUCUCUAUUUUGGAAUAAGUGGUAUAAAGAGAAUAAUAGAAAUUUGUACUUACUAAUUCAAGUCCUACAACUAAAGGAUGGUGUAACUCCUUCUAAUUCAAGUGUUACCAAGCAGCUUCUUGCAAGGGAAUAUGAUCUUAUUGGAUAUGGGACUGAGCAGCUUACCUUUGGAGAUGGUAAGGUAAAGUAUGGAGAGUUUGAAGUGCCUUUAUAUAAAGGUCCAAUUUAUGUAUGCGAAUUCGAGCAAAUCAAAAUGACACCUCUAAAGAUACGGAUAUCUGUUGAUAAACCAAACCUUGAUCUUCCUCCUUUGAAACCAGAGCCACGUACUGAACUUGAUAAGAAGUUGAAACCAUGUUUGAAUUUACUCAAGAAAAAGCAGAAGGCUAUGAAGAAGGGAGGACUAAAGAAAGUAGCCUUGCAAUAGUUAAUUUUCAAUCUAAUUUCGUCAAAAUGGG